CAGAAAUACAGAACACCAAGGAACUGAACGCCUCACACUAAUCAAGACCGAGUCAGCCUGGAGUUCCAUGCUGUUGUGGCCAGACUGGAGCAAACACAGGACCAGUAGAUUCGCAAUGGCUACCACCAGAAGGAGGGGGCCUGGUCUGGAAGACCCCAGCAUGGAAUUGGACGACUACAGUCUCUACAGCCACCUGUCUGAUGAGGAACUCGUACAUCUCGCAAUAGAGCAGAGCCUUGCUGAUGCAGCUUGUCCAGCAGGCCCCACUGACAUCACUCCCUCACCUUCACAGCCUGCUGCACAAACGCAGUCAAACCCGGCGCAAAGAGCAAGACGUGUCACAUCAUCCAGACAUGUUUACAACUUUCCUUCCGCCAAUGCACCUCGACCCGUACAGCCAGUCCCAAGCCCCACUCCAUCGGCCCCACCCCCACAGCCCCCUCGAUUUCUACACCUAUCUGUGAAAGAAGACUUCAGUCCUCUGGAGUUGCUGAUCUUCAACGGAGACACAGAAGCUUUGAAGACUUUAGUCAGAAGGAAGUCCUGCAGCUUGACUGAGCCAAAUGCUGACGGCUGGAUCACAGUUCAUGAGGCUGCACAUUACGGCCAACUGCAGUGCCUAAGGAUCUUAAUUAGAACCCAUCCGAAUACCCUGAACACAUGCACAUUCAUGGGCCAAACGGCUCUUUGGUUGGCUGCCGCCCAGGAACACGUGUCAUGUGUGGAGUUCCUGCUAGAGCGAGGUGCAGAUCCUAAUAUCCCCAACAAGGACAAAGAAACACCUCUCUUUAAAGCUUGCGAAAAACCAAAUGAGCAGAUUGUGGAGCUGCUGUUGAAGUUUGGAGGCUCCGCCAACACCAGCUGCAGUCAGGGAGUGACCGCGCUUCAUGAAGCCGCCAGAAAUGGGCGUGUGAAGAUUUGCAAGAUGUUGGUAGAAUGUGGAGCCAGCAUUGGUGCCACUAAUGUGUAUGGCAUACAACCUUUCUUCACUGCAGCACAGAAUGGGAAUGUGGACAUUUCAAAGUUUCUCAUUAAAAAAGGUGCAGAUAUAAAUGGGCAAGCAGGGGACGGAGCCACGCCUCUUUUUGAGGCCAGUAAGAAUGGUCAUGUGACCCUAGUGGAGCUGCUCCUCUCUCACAAAGCUGAUGCCAACCGGCCCACCAACUCCGGCCUUCUUCCUCUUCAUGUUGCAGUUCAGAGGAAUCACACACGUAUUGUGACUAUACUGUUACCGGUGACCAGCAAGGCCAGAGUCAGACACAGUGGUAUAAGUCCACUGCACAUCGCUGCAGACAGAAACAGGGACGACAUCAUGGAGCUGCUAAUUGAGUCGGGGUUUGACGUCAACGCAAACCUAUCGGACGAGCGCUCUCAGAUGUAUGAGGACAGGCGAAGGACAGUACUUUACUUCUCUGUAUGUAACAGAAACCUGGAGGCUGCUGAGAUGCUUUUGGAGGCAGGAGCUAACCCCAACGUGGACUGCUUCAACCCUCUACUGGUGGCAGUGAGACAAGGAUGUAUUGAAAUGGCCAUGUUACUGCUGAGGUAUGGAGCCAAUGUCAAUGCAGAGAUUUCCACGCACCCAUCCUCUUUCCCAUCAGCGGUCCUGCUCGGUAUGGACAACCUCCCCAUGCUCAAACUUCUUCUGGAUCAGGGCUGUAACGCCUUGGCCUGUUUUGAUUGUUUCUAUGGUAACAGACCACACCCAGUCAUCAACUCCCCCCGACGUCGCAGUGAAGAACUCCGUUACAGCACAGAUGCCCCCUACCAGCGCUAUAUUCAGUUCUGUGAGGCUAUCUCCAACCCAUCCAUCAACCGCUGGGCUGGUCCCAUCAUCUCGCUGCUCCUAAAUUACGUGGGCCACAUCCGGCUCUGUUCAAAGCUGGUGGAUCACCUUGAUAGCUAUGAUGGCUGGAUGUCAAUCAAACAGAAGGCAAUUCCACCACAUCCCCUCAUGCAGCUGUGUCGGCUGAGGAUCAGACAGCUGGUCGGACUCCACAGACUGAAACUCAUCCACAUACUUCCUCUGCCGGCAAGGCUCAUCCGGUUCCUCUGCUAUGAUGUUGACUGUUCACUCCACUGAAGGGUUUAUAGAACACUUUGCUGCCUGUCUGCAAAGGGGACUAAAAGACAUUCAGAACUAUGAGUUCUGCCUGCCAGAGAGCUGAGACCGAGAGGCACUAUCUGUGAUUUGUUGAGAUUUGUUUCUUGGGGAUAAACAGUAAAAACAUUGGCAGACUUUUGAUUUUUACUCCAUUACAUUUAAAAGCAAAUGUAUAUAUUUUUAGAGCAUUGCCUUUCUAACAGUUGCUUUAAUAAUAAAAAAAAACUCUCAG